AUGCUGCGAUAUCUGCUGUUGGUGCAAUUGUCCAUGAUUGCGGUGGCGUUGCCUCUAAACACGCCACUUCUGCCCAGCUACGACUACAUUGUCGUGGGCGGAGGUCCGGCUGGUUUGGUGGUCGCCAACCGCCUGUCCGAGGAUCCUAACGUUAACGUGCUUCUCCUCGAAGCCGGACCGGCUGACAGAGGAGAGCCUGCGGUCGAGAUCCCGGCGUUCAUCGGCAACGACAUCGGCGGCAUCUACGAUUGGAACCUAUCGACCGUACCACAGAUCUAUCUCGAUGGCGUCUCAAGGAGCAUCCCUCAAGGUCGGGCGUUGGGAGGAGGCACAAUAUUGAAUGGCAUGUUGUGGAACAGAGGCGGACAAGGAGACUAUCAGAAUUGGGUCGACCUUGGAAAUCCUGGCUGGAGCUGGGACGAUCUAUUACCGUACUUUGCGAAGAGUGAGACGUACACACCCGUGUAUUCUGAGGAGGUUGGCGAGCGCUUCUCGAUACAAGAGUGGCCCGACGUCCAUGGUCACGCUGGGCCGGUCAAUGUCAGCUUUCCGAAGAACUUCUGGAACUCGAGUGCUGUGCUCUUCGAUGCACUGAAUGAGGUUGGAGUGCCGACUGCGUACGAUCCAAAUACUGGUCUCGUAGCAGGGGCAGCGUUCCUGCCGAUGGACAUUGAUCCAAUCACCCAGCAGCGCUCUACUGCCCGGCGAGCAUACUAUAAUCCUUACAUUGACAGACCAAACCUAUGGGUCUCUACAGGGCAGACUGUAACGCAGAUUCUUUUCGAAGGACGACCAAUGAACGCCAUGGCCAGCGAAGUGAGCGUCGGCGACGAUUCUGAUGGCGAUGGUGGCCACCCAGGCAUCCCGACUGGCAUAUUUGGCGGCACGACAACGCUGAACUUCACUCAAGCUAUGGACGACGGAGAAGAUGAAGUGAAGAAGUGUGGCAUAGCGGGAAGAAUAUGGAGGAAGCUUUGGAAACGCUUCAAGCGCCAGGUGCCCGGCACUGGUUCGCCGAAUAUGGUCGCAGUUGGGGUGGAAUACGCUACUAAUGCCGGAGGUCCAAGACAAAUUGUGUCGGCAAGCCGCGAGGUCAUCGUUGCUGCGGGUGCACUGCACUCACCGCAUUUGCUCAUGCUCUCCGGAAUUGGUCCUGCGGCGGCCUUACAGGAACUCGAUAUCCCGCUCAACGUGGACAUACCAGGCGUUGGCAACAAUCUUCAAGACCACGGUCAAGUGUGGUGUUGGUAUCCAUUCUACAACGCUUCGUAUAUGAACCCAACAAUGCUUACGCACAACGAGAGUUUCGUUGCGGCGGCAUGGGAGGAGUACUGGACCAAUCAUACUGGUCCCCUUACAACAGGAGCCAUCGACGGAGUGGCCUUCCCAGCACUACCCUACGUCGUGAACGGGUCGGCCGCCAUUUCGGACGCAGCAGCAGCUCAGUCACCGGAGCAGUAUCUCCUUCCAGGCAUCGACGGCUCCAUAGUGUCAGGAUAUGCUUUGCAGCAGCAGAUGAUGAUCAGCGCCCUCGACGACGUGACAAGAGCGGCAUACGAGAUCAUCAAUGCGAAUGACGGCGUGCUCACCGUAGCAAACAUGCGGCCGUUCUCGCGAGGUACAGUCUCGCUCAACUCAGCCAGGCCGUUCGAUCCUCCGACCAUCGAUCCAAGGUACGGCAGCAAUCCGAUCGACCUGGAAAUCCUCCAAGCCGCCAUGGAUUUUAACCAGCGUUUAUUGUACACUCCAAGCAUGUCACAGAUGAACCCAGCUCAAAGGUUUCCACCCCCGGAGGCCAGCGAAGGACAGAUCACCUCGUACAUCCACUCGCGAUGGCAGACUGAGUACCAUCCUGGAGGCACUUGCGCCAUGAUGCCGUUUGAGCUGGGCGGAGUGGUGAGCCCAGAGCUGCUCGUGUACGGAACAAGAAACUUGCGAGUGGUAGACUCCAGCAUCAUUCCGAUGCUGCCGGCGGCGCACCUCCAGGCUGUCGUCUACGGUACUGCUGAGAAGGCGGCGGAUAUCAUCAAGGUGGCGCAGGAUGGGAGCGGAUCCUCGCAGACACAGACGAGCUCAUCACCUCCUUUAGACGCGUCAGAGACUGGUGCGGGCGUGGACAGCUCGCCAACCCUCUCUCCACCUGUGAGCGUCUACUCCGAGCCGGCGAUGAGAACUACUUUUAUCACGGUAGUAUACACGCAGACAGUGUAUGCCUCUUGA